CGGCGCGAUGACGACGACGACGACGACGACGGCGACGACGACGGCGACGCGGUGCGCGCGCGACGCGCGCGCGCGACGGGGAGGGACGACGACGGCGACGCGCGCGCGCGCGCGCGCGACGACGGCGGCGGCGACGCGCGACGUCGACGUCGUCGUCGUCGGCGCGGGCGUCAGCGGCCUGUCCACGGCGCACACGCUGAAGAUGAAAAAGAUGCGCGAGGCGACGGUGCUCGUCACGGAGGCGCGCGAACGCGUCGGAGGGAACGUCACGAGUCGAUCGGAUGGGACGUACACGUGGGAGGAGGGACCGAACUCGUAUCAGCCGGGGGAUGCGAUCUUGACGCUGGCGUGCGACGCGGGGAUGCGCGACGACAUCUUGCUGGCGGAUCCGGCGAGCAAUCGGUACGUGCUGUGGGACGGGAAGCUGCGGAUUUUACCGCACAGCAUUGAGAGCGCGGUGUUGGGGGAUUUUUUGACGUGGCCGGGGAAGAUUCGGGCGGGAUUGGGGGCGAUCGGAAUCAGGCCGCCGGCGCCGGGCAAGGAGGAGAGCGUGAAGGAGUUCGUGAGCAGAAACUUGGGGACGGAGGCGUUCGAACGUCUGAUCGAACCGUUUUGCUCGGGCGUGUACGCGGGUGAUCCCGCGGCGCUGUCGUCCGUGGCGGCGACGGGGCGCGUGCAACGACUCGAACCGCUCGGCGGGUCGCUCGUCGCCGGCGCCAUCAUGGCGCAAAAGGAGGCGGCGCAGAACAAGAAACCGCGCGAUCCGCGCCUUCCCGAGGUCAAGGGCCAAACCGUCGGCUCGUUCCGCGGUGGUUUGAAGACGUUCCCGGAGGGUUUGGCCAAGCAGCUCGGCGACGACGUCGUCAAGUGCAACUGGAAGCUCGUCGGCGUCUCGAAAUCCGCCGAGGGCGGGUACGAGUGCGCGUACGACACCCCAGAAGGGCCGCAAACGGUGAGAACGAAGUGUUUGUUGCUCACCGCGCCGGCUUACGUCGCGGCCGAGAUGGUUAAGGACAUGGCUCCCGCGGCGGCGACGGCGCUGAACAAGUUUUACUACCCACCCGUCGCGUCGGUGACGAUUUCCUACAAGAAGGAUUCGUUCCGCCUCGACGGCACCAGCGCGUUACCCGAAGGCGGCCUCACUGGCUUCGGUCAGCUCCACCCGCGCUCGCAAGGCAUUCGCACGCUCGGCACGAUUUAUAGCUCGAGCCUGUUCAAGGACGACAAGCGUCAACCGGACGACGAGUUCAUGAUUUUGAACUACAUCGGCGGCGCGCGCGACGUCGCGAUUAAAGACUUGAGCGAGGAGGAGCUCGUGAAGCAAGUCCACGAGGACGCCUUGAAGACAAUCUUGAAGCCCGGUACGCCGCUUCCCAAGGUUGUCGGCGUCAAGGUUUGGGAAAAGGCCAUCCCGCAAUUCAACCUCGGCCACUUGGACGUCCUCGCCGAAGCCGAGAACGCGUUAACCGCCGCCGACUGCGGCGAAAAAGACGGCUUGUUCCUCGGCGGCAACUACACCGCGGGCGUCGCGUUGGGUCGAUGCGUCGAGUUCGGCAUCGAGCAAGCGGACGAAGUCGUGGCGUACUUAAACGCCGCAUCCAAGAAGGCCGUCGCGGUGUGAUGCC